UUGAUGCAUGUAUGGACCCGCACUCCUUGUUUAUAAAUGCCAUAUUUUUAGGUCUAUCACGUGGGAGGUGCAAAGUGUUUAAAAGCCUGUGUGUGAUUCAUGUGUGAGCAACAAGCUGCAAAUCCGGAUGAAGAUGGUCACUCUCCAGGCUCUUGGACUGGCUUGGCUGAUGUGUGGUCUAGUCAUCCUUUACGAGACCAGAGUUGAUGGACAAUCUCAAAAUAACAAUGUCCCAUCUGAGGCCCAAUGUGGUGGAAAAUCUUACAAACCUGAUAAAGAAACUUGUUGUGGAGAAAAGAAUUUAACAGAAGGUCUGAGUGAAAGCAUGUCUCAAUGCUGUGGGUUGGAGGCGUACAACCCCCUUAAUCAAAUCUGCUGUAAACAAAUACUGCACAUCAAACAUUCACCGUUUGCCAAGUGUUGUGGACAAGAGCAAUAUGACAGCAACCUGCAGCUGUGUUGUGGCAAAUAUGGAAACAUGGUGGUCCGGACAAAGCUGUCCCCUGACCAUGAGUGCUGUUUAAGUAGCCAGUACAACCUGUAUACCGAGUGCUGCUGUAUAAAGAAUCAACCACUGGUGCAGCCUCGAUCCAACAAUACAUGCUGCUGUGAAAAGAACCUGACAAAAUACACGAAUGCUACUACAGAAACACAAUGUGUAGGUCAACCAGAGAAGAGCUCCAACAAAACAUCAAACCCGACAAUUUGCUGCAACAGUACCGUUCAGAGAGAGUUUUACACCAAGAUGGAAGGAUUCAACUGCUGUGGUCACCACUACUACAACUCUUCUCUGUGGACGUGCUACUUGGGGAGGCUGACUCCAAGAAACGCAACACACAAUGAAUUCAAGCAAAAAUUAAGCCACAAAAGGAAAUUAAAUACAUGCCAAAAGGUUUGAAAAAAAAAAUCAAAGUAAAGUCUUGACUGGGUUCAACCAUGAACUCAUUCUCCAGUUUUUAUUUUGUUCCAUCCAGAUGUUUUCAAUUGGUCACCACUGGUUGGUCUGAUGCAACUCUGAACAGUUACUCAACAUAUUCUUUAAUGCUACGUUUAAAUAACUAUAUUACUAAUAACACAACAAUAAAGACAAUACAUUUUGUUAGUUUGUGCAUCUUGACUUCAUCAUGAUCUUUGUAACUCAGGUUUAAAUUGUGAUCAAUGCCAUAUGUCCAAAACCUUGACAGUGAAUUUUACUUUAAGAUAUCAUGCUAGGAGCAUUGUGACGCUGUUACCCCACCAAGUCUAAAUGUAUUAUUUACUAAAUUCUGAAGAUAAAGCUGUGAAAGUGGUGCUGAGCUAAUGCAGUUCGUCAUUAGAGAUGUUUUAUCUACACCAGAAUAUGUUACGGGUUAUUAUUUUCUUUGCACAUUAUUGACUGUGACCAGGGAAUGUUUACAUUUAAAUUAUUUCCCAUAAAGUUAAUAAAGCUGUACUUGGAUCAGGAUCUCGUUGCCAGUUUGAGAUAUAGGAAAGUUGUUAAAAACACUAAUUUUGAUGCUUUGCUUCCUUGUAACCAGCAGUUUUAGCCUUAAUGAGGCAGCAGUUUGUUUUAAUGUGAUUUUUACGAUGUCACGUCUUCAAUAGUUGGUGAAAUGAUGGUAAAUAAAUGUUUUACCAUAAAGACAUAACUACUAUUGACCUGUGACUGAGCAGUAUGAGCGAUUAAAUGUCAACUGACAUGUUUGACACUAAGUAUCAUUUACUUAUUGUUGCAUGAGUCAUUAAAAUGUACU